UGGGGGAAUAUGCAGGAAAAUGGUAGUCCUUAAAUGAAUAUGAACUGUACUCAGGAUGGAUCAACUGUAAGCAGCUUAAGUCUCAUUAAACUGCCAGGGAUUGUUUUCGGGGUAUUUUUUUGUCUCUUGGUUUGGUUUUUUUUUGUGUUCGUUUGUUUGUUUUGUAUGUUUGUUUGGGGUUGGUUUGGUUGUUUGCUUGCUUUGGGUUUUUUGGGAGUUGGUUUCUUUUUUUUUGGUUGGUUGAUUUUGGUUUUGUUUUGUUUUGUGUUUUUGUUUUUUGUUUUUGUUUCUUUUUUAUUGUUUUGGUAUUUCUUUUACAUCAUUCAAGCACUGAAAGAGUUGAAGUUCUGAAAAAUGCCAUUGUGUUCAUUGUGUUUUGUAGUUUUUGGGGUGUAAUUUACAUACACUGUACGGAGUACUUUGUUCUGCAUGAUAAUUCUCAAAGUAACUGAAUCAGAGAGAUGCUUAUUUUGUAAAUUAUUAUUUUCCUAUAGCUAAUCAUAUUAUUUGACGAUAUAAUACAGAAAUAAACCAGAUUUAAUUAUGUGAGUAUUUUUGUUCUUACGAUGAUUCAUCUCUGCAUUUAAUGAGCAGAAUUUGUAUAAAGUCAGUCUUUGUUUUUCACAGUGCCGACUUAGCAGGUAAGAUUCCCACUUAAAUCAAUGAAACUUCAUUCUUUAUUUUCAUUCAGGAGAUCACUGAUGCAAAACACGGGGUUUUUUUUGUGGUUUUGUUCUAGCUGUUCUCCAGCAUUAAAGAUGGUGAAGGUUUACAGCUGUUUGAGCAGGGCCAUCGCACUGCACACAAGCAGGAGUGUCACACCAUGGAGGCAGUGAGGCUGGUGGAGUUCAACCUGAAGCAAGUGCUCACAAAGCUCAUGACUCACAUCUUUGGUGACGGACUGCAAGUCAGAUGGGUAGAUUGCUACUUCCCAUUUACUCACCCUUCCUUUGAGAUGGAGAUCAACUUCCAAGGAGAGUGGAUGGAGGUUCUGGGCUGCGGGGUCAUGGAGCAGCAGCUUGUUAACUCAGCUGGUGCUCAGGAUAAAAUUGGCUGGGCAUUUGGCAUGGGUUUGGAGAGGCUGGCCAUGAUCCUGUACAAUAUCCCUGACAUCCGACUGUUCUGGAGUGAAGAUGAACGCUUCUUGAAACAAUUUAUUGGGCCUCACAUUUGGCAAAAAAUAAAGUUCCAGCCACUCAGCAGAUAUCCACCUUUGAUCAAUGACAUCUCCUUCUGGCUGCCUUCUGAGACAUACUCUCAGAAUGAUUUCUUUGACUUGGUUCGAACCAUUGGUGGAGACUUGAUAGAAAAGGUUGUCCUACUGGAUGAAUUUGCCCAUCCAAAGACGAAGAAGGUCAGCCACUGCUACCGUAUCAUUUACCGGCACCCGGAGCGGACGCUAACGCAGGACGAGGUGCAUCGCAUCCAUCAAGCUAUUGAGGAGUCAGCAGUUCGGGAGCUUGGGGUGGAGGGAAGGUUCUAGCAGUGCUGCUCUGGAGCCCCAAGGACAGCUGCUUUUUUCCUUCUUUCCCCCCCCUUUUUUUUUCCUUCUUUUUUCUCCCUUUUUUGGGGGUAGUUUUAGGUCACAAAUAGAGAGGGGCUUUUUGCGACUGAACACUGAAAGCGAUUGAUAAAUGGGUAAUGGUAAGAAUAGCAGGUAAUAAACAUUACUACUGAGAAAUCAUUAACAAAAUGCUGGUGCUUUAUUUUAAGAAAUGGGGGAACAGCAGUAAUGGAAGAUUUCCCUCCUGUUACGAUAAGAAAUACACUGCCUGGUGGUUUUCUGUGUUGUUAAUUGGUCCCUGGGUUCCAUUAAACUGUAAAUACUUGGCAUUAUUUCUGUUUUGACAGGAUCUUCUGUCCAUGUAACAAAUGAAGAAAAUCAGAGACACAGAUUAAUUCAAGGAAGAAAACCCCACCCCACCCCCAUCCUCAUAUUUUUUUUUUUUUUGUGGGGGGGGUUGUUUUUUGUUUUGUUUUGUUUUGUUGUGUUUUAAUUAAGAUAUGUCAGAUUUUGCUUCAAGAAACCUUCCAAGAAGUACUUCCUGUGAAGUUUGGCUAUCUUACCUUCAGAGCCCAUGGUUGUUGCUUUCAGCAGCUAUAGAGGAGCCAGUGUGGCUUGGGCCAGGCAUGGCUGUCUACAAAUGCUGGGUCAUUGACAAGUAGUUCCUGUUAAAUCCUCUUGCUCCCACAGAGCUGAGCAGAGCUUAGUGAGGUACUCCAAGCUGUGCUGCCUUCACCAGGGGAGAAGGUCCCUUGUCUCACUUCUCUUUGUAUAGACACCAGUGUAAGAUAAAUCUCCUUGCCUGUCACCAUCAAAGUAUUGAUAUCACCUAUGGCAGGAUGGCAGUAAAUAGAAACUCUUCCCUACAGUGCCCUGAAGAGCAACUGCCUUGAUGUCUCAUAGUAUCUUACUUUCUAGCAGCAGUGUCAGAAAUUCUACCUUUAAGGCAGGAAACCAAACUAAAAUGGGAUCUUCUGCUGUUUGAGGCUCCAGUUGCUUUAUAGGAUGCUUGCCUUUUUCAUUGCAGGUUAUAAUAAGUAAAUUUUGGCAGUGGUAUGAUGCUAGGGCCUUUAGAAAUGUUCAAAUGAUCUGAUAAAUACUUGAUGAGC